AUGAAAUGCACAGUACGCAGGGUGCAGAAUAAGAAAGGCCAGGAAACAGCCAAGGAAAUAGCCCUGUUGCAUCUACAGGUUGGGCGCGGUGUUCUUCGGCGCCAAGACUGGUGCCAAAUGGGCCAUUUCUCCGACUUGGUGCAGAUGAUGGCCCACAGCCUGUCGAAUGCCCAUGUUCAUGGCUGUGCAAACCGCGACGAUGGAGGGGUAUUUUUGUUCAAAUUUUCUCUGAAUCUCGGCAACUUGCCCGGCGGUCCCGUCUUGCAAUAUCGAAUCUAUUAUAAUCUGUCUUUUACGCCCCCAAUUGCUUCCACCUGA